AUGACGAGCGCUGAACGCUCCACCAUGAUUUCCAGCAUGCUGGAGCAGUGCUCCGAGGACACCCGCCUUAGUAUCGUGGUCUAUGGCAUCCCCAACAAGGACUGCGACGCCGGCUACUCGUCGGGUGGAAGCGUGAAAAGCACCGAUGACUACAAGACCUUCUUGAAGGAGCUGACGGACGCCGUUGGUGACCGCAAGGUGCUGUACGUGGUUGAGCCUGACGCUGUUGGUCUUCUCGCUAAAGAGGGCAGUUGCGGAUCGUCCGCUGGGCACCUCGACAACCUCAAGCUGUAUGUCGACGUCGGGUACUGGGUGCUCGCCGACUCGGCCAAAGCAGCCAAAAUUGCUCCGAUAAUGAAAGAGCUCGGAAGCAGCGGCAACGUCAAGGGCGUGACCAUCAACACGUCCAACUACCGCUCGAACGACGAGUGCGCUACGUACUGCACCAACUUCCAGGCGGCCAUGGGCAAGAGUGCCAUGACCUGCAUCGUCGACACUUCUCGCAACUACAAUGGCUCGCCUACGUCGGAUUGGUGCAACGUCCCCACUGCGGGCAUUGGCAAGCCGCCUGCGUCCAAGACGGGGAUCUCGAACCUGGACUACUUCAUGUGGAUCAAGCCGCCUAGAGAGAGUGACGGCGAGUGCAACGGCGGCACCUCUGCAGGUUCAUUCUUCGCAGACGGCUUCACCAAGCCAAUGGACCAAGGAUACUUUGUGAAGGAGGGCGGUAUGAAGUCGAUCGCGGACGGCACAGGAGACGUUAACCAAACGAGCAGCGAGAGCAGCGAUCAAACCAGCAGCAAAACCGAAGCGCCGGCAGCGAGCAGCAACGUGGACCAAACCUCAUCAACGAUGAUAGCACCGCAGUGGGAACUGUUGCUCCGGCAGACACCAGCUCGUCCGAGAGCGUUACAACUCCCGCUCCAGGCGUGGAUGCGAACCAAACGCCUCCCCCACGACAAGUACGACAGCUCCGACCUCAACGCCGACUGCGCCGAGCACGGAUUGCAAGGCCAAGCUGCGUAG